UCUGGCCGAAGGUGGUUCCCCUAGCUGAGGGUGGGAGAGCCCAGCGGGCUGAAACCCGAGCUCUGGCUCAGCUGGGGCUUGAGGAGGUCCCGGCAAGAGCAAGCCUGCUGCCCUGCUCUCACUCAGGCAUCUUCACACCAGUCACCGCGCAGCAGCGGGAAAGAUGGAGCUGGACCGCUGGGCGCAGUUGGGGCUCGUGUUCUUGCAGCUCCUUCUCACCUCGUCCUUGCCAAGAGAAUACACGGUCAUUAAUGAAGCCUGCCCUGGAGCCGAGUGGAACAUCAUGUGUAGGGAAUGUUGCGAAUAUGAUCAAAUUGAGUGCGUCUGCCCAGGAAAGAAGGAAGUGGUGGGCUACACCAUCCCAUGCUGCAGGAAUGAGGACAAUGAAUGUGACUCCUGCCUAAUCCACCCAGGUUGUACCAUCUUUGAAAACUGCAAGAGCUGCCGGAACGGCUCCUGGGGCGGGACUCUGGAUGACUUCUACGUCAAGGGAUUCUACUGCGCCGAGUGCAGAGCAGGCUGGUACGGAGGGGACUGUAUGCGAUGUGGCCAGGUUCUUCGAGCUUCGAAGGGUCAGAUCCUAUUGGAGAGCUACCCCUUAAAUGCUCACUGUGAAUGGACCAUUCAUGCCAGACCUGGGUUUAUCAUCCAGCUGAGGUUUGGCAUGUUGAGCCUGGAGUUUGACUACAUGUGCCAAUAUGACUACGUUGAGGUUCGUGAUGGGGACAACAGUGACAGCCCCAUUAUCAAGCGUUUCUGUGGUAACGAGCGGCCAGCUCCCAUCAGAAGCACGGGUUCUUCACUCCACGUCCUUUUCCACUCUGACGGCUCCAAGAACUUCGAUGGCUUCCACGCUGUCUUUGAGGAGAUCACAGCGUGUUCCUCGUCCCCUUGUCUCCACGAUGGAACAUGCCUCCUUGAUGCAACUGGGUCUUACAGGUGUGCUUGCCUGGCUGGCUACACUGGGCAGCGCUGCGAAAACCUCCUUGAAGAAAGAAACUGCUCAGACCUUGGGAUCCCAGUGAAUGGGUACAAGAAAAUUACUGGUGGCCCUGGGCUUCUCAAUGGGCACCAGGUAAAAAUUGGCACGGUUGUGUCAUUCUUUUGCAAUGGCUCAUAUGUUCUUAGUGGCAACGAGAAAAGAACUUGCCAGCAGAAUGGAGAGUGGUCGGGAAAGCAGCCCACCUGCAUAAAAGCAUGCCGGGAACCGAAGAUCUCAGACCUGGUGAGAAGGAGAGUCCUUUCGAUGCAGGUUCAGUCAAGGGAGACACCGCUACACCAACUGUAUUCCACAGCCUUUAGCAAGCAGAAACUGCAUGAUGCCUCCACCAAAAGGCCACCCCUUCCAUUUGGAGACCUUCCCCCUGGAUACCAACAUUUGCACACUCAGCUCCAGUAUGAGUGCAUCUCACCCUUCUACCGCCGCCUGGGAAGCAGCAGAAGGACCUGCCUGAGAACUGGAAAGUGGAGUGGGCGAGCCCCGUCCUGUGUCCCAAUCUGUGGAAAAAUUGAGAGUGUUGCUUCUCCAAAGACCCAAGGGACCCGCUGGCCAUGGCAGGCAGCCAUCUACCGGAGGACCAGUGGCAUCCAUGAUGGUGGAUUGCACAAAGGCGCAUGGUUCUUGGUCUGCAGUGGUGCCCUGGUGAACGAGCGUACUGUGGUUGUGGCUGCCCACUGUGUGACUGACCUGGGGAAGGUCACCAUCAUCAAGACCGCAGACCUCAAGGUUGUCUUGGGAAAAUUCUACAGGGAUGAUGAUCGGGAUGAGAAGACCAUCCAGAAUUUACGGAUUUCUGCUAUCAUUCUGCACCCCAACUAUGACCCUAUCCUGCUUGACACCGACAUCGCCAUUCUGAAGCUCCUAGACAAGGCCCGCAUCAGCACCCGUGUCCAACCCAUCUGCUUGGCUACCACUCGGGACCUCAGCACCUCUUUUCAGGAGUCGCACAUCACUGUGGCUGGCUGGAACAUCCUGGCAGAUGUGAGGAGCCCUGGUUUUAAGAAUGACACACUACAUUCUGGAACAGUCAGGGUGGUAGACUCACUGCUCUGUGAGGAACAACAUGAAGACCAUGGCAUUCCAGUCAGUGUCACUGACAACAUGUUCUGUGCCAGCCAGGACCCCAGUACCCUUUCCGACAUCUGUACUGCAGAGACGGGGGGUAUUGCUGCUUUGUCCUUCCCAGGCCGAGCAUCCCCUGAGCCACGUUGGCAUCUGGUGGGGCUGGUCAGCUGGAGCUAUGACAAGACAUGUAGCAAUGGACUAUCCACAGCCUUCACAAAGGUGUUGCCUUUCAAAGACUGGAUUGAGAGAAACAUGAAAUGAACCAGCUGCAAGGCUACUGAGAUGCUUUUCCUAGUGUCCAUCUGUUCAUAUGAUGUGUAGCACGGCGCAGACCUGAAGCCUGAGUUUGCCCAUGACCUUGGCUGCUGAAAAGCUUCUGGUUUCAGGGAUAAUACCUCACUAGAGGAUGAGCAGAGUUUACUUUUUGGCAGGGAACUGUUUUCCUGAUUGCUUGGAAACCAUCUAAGAGAUGAUGCCAGGUCCUACAAGAACUGAAUUUCUUCAAAGAAGACUGUAUGAAUAGAAUGAGAACCUCCCAGACCUUGUCUGCCUCAAAAGGGUGUGAGUGUCAUAGUCUAUUUUGGUUGAAAAGGUUGAACUGGGGAGGUCUGGGCUGCACCAAACUUCACUCUAAGUUCCAAAGAAUAGCUUGCAUGACAGCCCAGGUCAAAGGAGUUUGGAUAUGACACAUGCUCCUGUGUACAUUGUCACAAGAUUUUCUGAUCCUCUUCCUUUCUGAUCUUCUGUACACAUUUCAAUAAAACAAGGUCUGACUUCUGACCUA